AUGCCACGUGGUCAGAAUGCAGCACCAACUGUUGAACAAAUUAAUAAAGAUCGAAUAACACUUCUUUCGGAACAAUAUUGGGCAUCAUAUGCAUUACAAAGACGUGCAUAUGAUCGAUUAGUUGUUGAUGAAAUUUAUAUUAAAGAAUUAUUGGGUACUAAUUUUAAUCUUCGUCGAAUUAUUCUAUUGGAAUUUAGUCAAUAUUUAGAAAAUUUUCUUUGGCCAAAUUUAAAUCCAGAUCAAGAAAGACGAGAAUAUGAAUUUGAAAAAACACCAAAAUUUCGUAAACUUUGGAAAUUAAUUUGUAAAAAAGAUGAAAAAUUAGAAAAUGAAGAACUUCAAACAACAAUAUUCGAACGAACAUUUCUUCGAAAAUUAGCUGAAAAAUUUCUUCAACUUAUUGAAAAUAUUCAAUCAAUAAAUAAUACUGAUCAAUAUCCAUUUGAAACAGUUAUUUAUACUGAACGUUUUCUUGAAUUAUUUACUGAUAUUAUUGUUCAAUUACCAACACGUCGAUUUUUUAAUAUUGUUCUUGAUAAUAUUAAUUUUGUUAUACGUUGUUUUUUAUCACCAUUUAUUAAAUCAUUAAUAAAGAAUAAUGAAAAUAUGGAUAUUGAAUUUAUACAAACAUCAAUAAGAAAAAAAAUUCAAACAGAAAAUGGUGAAGAAGAAAUAGAACAACAAGCAACAACUAAAACAACAAAUUUAUUUCAUAAAAUGUUAACUAAUUUUAAAUUUUAUUCAAAUUUUGAAAUAAAUGAUACAACUGGUGAAACAUUAACACAAAAUGAAAUGAUGGAAAAACAUUAUGAAAAAGUUUUACAAUUACAAAAAGCUAUAUUUAAACAUUUUCGAGAUGAAAUGCCAACAUUUCCAUUACAAAAUAUUCAAACAAUUGAUAAACGUGAAAUAUUAAAUGAUGAAUUUGAUAAAUUAAGUGAUGAACAAUUAAAAUCUAUUUCAUUAUCACUUCAACCACCAAUUCAAAUUAAUAAUAGAGAACUUUUAAUUGAAGUACUUAUAUCAGAACAUGAAAAAAUUCAAAGUCAUUUAGAACUUAUUAAUACUUUACCAUUAUAUCCAACUGAAGAAACAAUUUGGGAUGAAGAUAUUGUUCCAACAGAAUUUUAUAAUGGUGAAACAUGUUUAGCAUUACCAAAAUUAAAUUUACAAUUUCUUACAUUACAUGAUUAUCUUUUACGUAAUUUUCAUUUAUUUCGUCUUGAAUCAACAUAUGAAAUUCGUCAAGAUAUUGAAGAUUCUGUUAGUCGUAUGAAACCAUGGCAAAAUGAUGCAACAAUAACAAAUGACAAAACAGAUCAAACACAACAACAAUGUAUAUUUGGUGGUUGGUCACGUAUGGCACAAUCUAUAACAAAUUUUACUAUUGUUGAAGUUAGUAAAGCAAAUAUUGGUGAAUUACAUCCAAGUCGUGUUCGAGCUGAUAUUACACUUGUACUUAAUACACGUGCAAAUAUAAAACAAGAAUGGGAAAAUUUACGUCGACAUGAUAUUUGUUUUUUAAUUACAUGUAAACCAUUAACAAAAGUUGGAACAACAUAUGAUUAUCGACAAUCAUUUAUACCACAAGUUGGUCUUACAUAUGUACGAGGUUGUGAAAUUGAAGGAAUGUUAAAUAUUGAUGGACGAGUUAUUGAAGAAGGUGUUGAUGAAAGACCAGUUUUCUCUGGUGAUACACGUACAUGGCGUGUAUGGCUUGAUCCAAAUCAAUAUCAAGUUGAUAUUCAAGACACAUUAAAUGGAUCUGAAGAUGUUUAUGAUACAUUUAAUAUAUUCAUGAGAAGAAAACCAAAAGAAAAUAAUUUUAAAGCUGUUUUACAAACUAUACGUGAUUUAAUGAAUACAAAUGCUGUUGUACCUGAUUGGUUACAAGAUUUAAUAUUAGGUUAUGGUGAUCCAGCAUCAGCUCAUUAUACAAAUAUGAAAAAUAAAAUUCCUACAUUAGAUUGGAAUGAUACAUUUAUUGAUGUUAAACAUCUAAGAGCUAGUUUUCCUGAUUAUAAAAUUCGAGCAACUGAAGAUGAUCGAUCAAAACAUGUACCACCAUUCAAAUUGACUUUUUGUGAUUUACGUAGUAAAGGUGAACAUGCCGGUGAAAAAUUAAUUAUCUUAGAACCAUAUAAAAUUCCAAAUCGUGGUCCAUAUCCAUUUAAUAAACCUCGUCAAAAUACAGUUCGUUUUACUCCAACACAAAUUGAAGGUAUUAAAGCUGGUAUGCAACCAGGUCUUACACUUAUUGUUGGUCCACCAGGUACAGGUAAGACUGAUGUUGCUGUACAAAUUAUAUCAAAUAUUUAUCAUAAUUAUCCUGAUCAACGUACAUUAAUUGUAACACAUUCAAAUCAAGCAUUAAAUCAAUUAUUUGAAAAAAUUAUGGGACUUGAUGUUGAUGAAAGACAUUUACUUCGUCUUGGUCAUGGUGAAGAACAACUUGAAACAGAUAAAGAUUUUAGUCGUUAUGGACGUGUUAAUUAUAUAUUAAAAAAACGUUUAGAAUUACUUGAAAAAGUUGAACGUUUACAAAAAAGUUUACAAGUUCCUGGUGAUUUAUCAUAUACAUGUGAAACAGCUGCACAUUUUUAUAUGUAUAAUGUUUUAUCACGUUGGGAAGAAUAUUUAAGUAAAAUUAAUCAAUCAAAUAAUAAUUUAGAUAUAUUAAUAAAUUUAUUUCCAUUUAAAGAAUUUUUUUCUGAUUUAAAUUAUAAUUUAUUUGAUAAUAAACAAACAUUUGAAAAUAAUUUAGAAAUAGCACAAGGUUGUUUUCGUUAUAUUCAACAAAUAUUUACACAAUUAGAAGAAUUUCGUUCAUUUGAAUUAAUGCGUAAUGGUUCUGAUCGUGCUAAAUAUUUAUUAGUACGUGAAGCUAAAAUUAUUGCUAUGACUUGUACACAUGCAGCAUUAAAACGACAUGAUCUUGUUCAAUGUGGUUUUAAAUAUGAUAAUAUAUUAAUGGAAGAAGCAGCACAAAUACUUGAAAUUGAAACAUUUAUACCAUUAUUAUUACAAACAUCAGAUCAACAAGGACGAAAUCGUUUAAAACGUUGUAUUAUGAUUGGUGAUCAUCAUCAAUUACCACCAGUUAUUAAAAAUAUGGCUUUUCAAAAAUAUUCAAAUAUGGAACAAGCUUUAUUUACACGUUUAGUUCGUCUUGGUGUACCAACAGUUGAUUUAGAUGCACAAGGUCGUGCACGUGCAUCACUUUGUUCAUUAUAUAAUUGGAGAUAUAAAAAUUUGGGUAAUUUAGAACAUGUUUUACAACAAAAAGAAUUUAAAACAACAAAUGCUGGUUUUGUUUAUGAUUAUCAAUUAAUUAAUGUAGAAAAUUUUAAUGAUAUUGGCGAAUCAGAACCAAUUCCAUAUUUUUAUCAAGUAAGAAAAACAUUUUUUUUUUGCAAUUGA